CCGCCAGCUACGCGGAGGAAAUCAGCGCUAAAAGGCUCUUCGGGUGAUGAUUUCAGCGCUUCAUUAGUACUGGGCGGCAAAAGUAGUGCGAGCAAAAAGGCCGGAGGAAAAGCGCGCUCGAGAUCGAGAGUGUCCUUCUCCGCGUCAUCAGAUGGAGGAGGUGAAGCAAAAUCAGAUCUCAAGUGGGACGAGCAAAGAAUACGGGCUCGCAGUUUCGAUACGCCCUUCUACAACGUCGAUGAUUCCGCCAGCGUUAAGGAGCUAGAGCGUGAAGAGGCACGAAUGGCCUCAGCUACAGCUGGUAUCACGG